AGCGAAUCCCUGCUUCCGUCCGACGUGUCCCUCCGGAAGGGGAACGACUGGGACCACAGCGAUAUGGCGCCUCCGGCUCCGGUCUCGGCCUCUGGCGGCUCCGGGGAAGUGGACGAGCUGUUCGACGUGAAGAAUGCCUUCUACAUCGGCAGCUACCAGCAGUGCAUUAACGAGGCUCAGCGGGUGAAGCCAUCAAGCCCAGGGAGAGACGUGGAAAGGGAUGUCUUUCUGUACAGAGCAUACCUUGCACAGGAGUGGGGUGCGGACAUGGCGUCUAGCCUCAGGAUAGUCAGAGCCGGACACCUUGGGACCCGGCGAGAGCUCCAGCCCCGAGCGGACUCAGUGGUGAAAUGUGGGAGCCAGGGCCCCAGGAAGCGGUCCGCUGUGUCCCGCAGCAUGGCCAUGACCGUGCAGAUCCUGCUGAAGCUGGACCGCCUGGACCUCGCCCGGAAGGAGCUGAAGAAAAUGCAGGACCAGGACGAGGAUGCUACCCUCACCCAGCUGGCUACGGCAUGGGUCAAUCUGGCUGUGGGUGGUGACAAGCUGCAGGAUGCCUACUACAUCUUCCAGGAGAUGGCCGACAAGUGCUCAUCCACCCUGCUGCUGCUCAACGGGCAGGCGGCCUGCCACAUGGCCCAGGGCCGCUGGGAGGCCGCCGAAGGCGUGCUGCAGGAGGCACUGGACAAGGACAGUGGCCACCCGGAGACACUGAUCAACCUCAUCGUCCUGUCACAGCACCUGGGCAAGCCCCCUGAGGUGACAAACCGCUACCUGUCCCAGCUGAAGGAUGCACACAGGUCCCACCCUUUCAUCAAGGAGUACCAGGCCAAGGAGAAUGACUUUGACCGGCUGGUGCUGCAGUACGCUCCCAGCGCCUGAGGCUGGCCCCUGACGCGGUUCCCGGGCCGUGGCACAGCGAGGCCAGGCAUUGCACCCGCCCUGCUGGGCACCCAUCCUCGUGUUCUCUCACGUUUUCUGGCCAGAAGCUUAGCCUGGCCCCAUUUUGUCAAUAAAUGUCUCCACCACAGGUA